GGAACGCAGAAAAUACCGGAAGUCAACACGCCGAGGAGUAGAACUAGGAAGUGGUGAGCAGCAGUCCAAGUGUUCCCAUGGCUGAUAUACCAGAUAAUGCUCCGCAGCACUGUCCAGGGACAGGCAGCAGCCAGGCUGGGAAGGAGUCUGCGUGUCAGGGAUGUCCCAAUCAGGCAAUAUGUGCUUCUGGAACAGCGGCAGGACCAGACCCAGCAAUAGAAGAAAUCAAAGAAAAGAUGGGUACAGUGAAACACAAGAUUCUGAUUCUCUCUGGAAAAGGAGGAGUUGGAAAAAGCACGUUCAGUGCACACUUGGCCCAUGGGUUGGCUGAAGAUGAGGGCAAACAGAUUGCUUUGCUUGAUGUGGAUAUCUGUGGUCCAUCUAUUCCAAAAAUCAUGGGUCUGGAAGGAGAACAGGUUCACCAAAGUGGCUCUGGAUGGUCACCAGUUUAUGUUGAAGACAAUUUGGCUGUGAUGUCUGUUGGGUUCUUGCUCAGUAGUCCUGAUGAUGCAGUCAUAUGGAGAGGACCUAAAAAAAAUGGGAUGAUCAAACAAUUUCUGAGGGACGUAGACUGGGGAGAAGUGGAUUACCUAAUUGUAGAUACCCCUCCUGGUACUUCUGAUGAACAUCUAUCUGUAGUGCAGUAUCUCAGUGCAGCUCAUAUUACAGGUGCAGUAAUCAUCACUACCCCUCAGGAAGUAUCGCUGCAAGACGUCCGAAAAGAAAUAAACUUUUGUCGCAAAGUAAAAUUGCCAAUCAUAGGCAUUGUGGAAAAUAUGAGUGGUUUUAUUUGCCCAAAAUGCAAGAAUGAAUCACAAAUUUUCCCUCCAACUACUGGGGGAGCAGAGAAAAUGUGCAGUGAGCUCAACAUUCCCCUGCUGGGCAAGGUCCCAUUAGAUCCAAAUAUAGGAAAGAGCUGUGACACAGGCAAAUCUUUUUUUACUGAAAUUCCAGAUUCACCAGCAACCUUGUCCUACAGACAAAUAAUACUAAAAAUUCAAGAAUUUUGUGCUCAGAAACAGUGAAAAUCCUCUGUUCUGUUAUCCAGAAUCACGUAACCAUUUGCCAGAUUUGUUUCUGUGUAUCAGUUUUUGGACAACACCGUUUAAUGCUACUAGAAGAAUAAAUUAUUAAAGUCUG